CUGCUUGACGAACGGAAUGGGAAAAAAGCGUAGGCUGCUGCAAAGUGGAGCCCACGCACGCAGCUCGUGAAGGCAGGAGAGAAGCCCCGUUCAUUAGUAGCGGACGGUGGCACAAGGAAUAUGAAUUGCUGUGUAUAACCCAAGGAAUCUCCUCUGCUGCCAUGUUGGCAGUGAACUACAUUUAACGAACUACAAUUCCCAUAAAUCUACGUUUUUUUGAGUCACGGCUGCGAUUGGAUGAUUAAGAGCAUCUUGUUAAUACCCUAUGACGACAUUUUCAAGCACCCCCGUUACUAAGGAAGCCAAGGGUCUUCAAGACAGGGUCCACAUGCCAUGGCGGUGACCAUACUGGGAGUCGGAGAAGGGGUCUUCAUCCUCGCCCUUGUGUGGAUCCUCACUCUGCUCUUCGGGGUUCUUCUGUCCAGGGCAUCUGGGCCGGCCAAGUUCUCCAUCGUGCCGCUGUUUUUCUUGGCUCUCAUCAUCACUCUGGUGCUGGUGUUCUUCCCACGGAGCUCCGAGGUGCCCUCCCCUGUCCGAGAGGUCGAGAUAGUGGACAACUUCUUCAUCGGCCGCUACGUGCUUCUGUCCCUGGUGAGCGCUGUGUUCCUUGCAGCCGUCUUCAUGCUCCUGCCAGUUCACUUCCUGGAGCCCGUCUACGCCAGAGCACUCAGGAUGAAUUAGAGGUCGCGGGACAUGUGCCGAGCCAUGUGUCAUUCCCUGCCGGUGGCACCAUACGAGGAGACACCAUGGUAUCAGGAGUCACAUUAAAAGCGAGAUUAACCUCGUGGUCUUCACUGCGUUUCGAAGAAUUGCCCGUGACCCAGCCUGAACUUUUAAUGUCCCACAUUUUUUUGGGCUUUACUAUUAAGAGGUAUUAUCUUCAUCUUCGUUUAGUUUUUGUGGAAUCGCAAAGUGUGUGGCAAGUGUGUAGCAUCACACAAGUGUGUGGCCUUUGCAUGGCCUUGCCUGUGCAAACUCCUCCACAUUCAGUUAGAUGUGCUGUUUCAGCACAAAGGUAUAACCUGUACAUAUUUUUCCUUUUAUAAAACUGUUAUCCAGAUGGGAGUGAUUUGUAUUU